CUGUAACAGUAGUACACGUUUUACUACAUUAAGAGGAUUAAAUUAGAUUUUAUUGCUGAAUGGCGCAUUAUUAUUUCAUUAUUAUUUCAUUACCAACAAGUCGCGGCAUUUUAGUGUCAUUAUUUAUGCCGAACUGUAUAUUCUAGAUUUUUUAUGCUCUGGAGAAAUCUUUAACGCAUGCUACUCCAUUUCUCCACGAGCAGUGAGAUUUAUUCAUUCAGUAUUGUGUCACUAUUUUCACCGUGUAUAGUCCAAUGAACUACGAAGUUGUGCAGCUCUUCAAUCAACCUCAACUACUACAUCAACAUCUGUGCACUAUUCUGAUGUCGCCACGGGUUGGCAUUACGUAUAACAUGGAUGUUAAAGUUUUUUGUGUACUAUUUGUGGGAUUAUUCCUCGGACUGUGCUCCGCUGUGAGUAUUCCAUCUGACAGUCCCCCAGCGUGCCGGGGAUACUGUGAAAUAUUUAGCGACAUUUGUAAAAAUGGAGGCACAUGUGUGGAGUCUGCUCCAUGCAGCAACUCGGGAAGCUGUAUAUGUCCUGAGAAUUAUAGCGGUGAACAUUGCCAGAAACUGAAAAACCCUGGAGAAACUGCCGAACAGAAAGCUAAGCCUAAACCAAGAGUGAAAAACAAUCUGCUUCUAUCUCUCUUUAGAAGUUUGGCAGUGCCUAAUUAUGGUGAGAAAUAUCAAAAUAACGAAACGCCCAAACCAAUCACCACUACUUCUAGCAGUACAGCCGCUACUACGACUACUAGUACCACCACUAGUACAACUACCAUAACAACAACAACUACUGAACCAACAACAAGGACUACAACAAGCCGGAAAACUACGACAUGGAAACCGAAAGAGAGCACAACAAUGACAACACCGGUGACAACAGAGAUAAGUAGCCAAGAAGUGACAACAGUUGUGAGCGAAAUCUCUACUACGGAGGAUCGUCUGAAUGCUGUUUCUGAAGAAACAACAACAGACGAGAUUCCCACGAGCACGGAACUCUCAAAGGAAGUCGACACGAAACAGUCGUUUAGUGAUGUGACUGUUGGUGACUCGGUUCUUACAAACGACGCCUUGUUGCAAAGCUCAGUCGAUAUCACUACUCCUUUCCCAACUGUUAAUGUCGAUGACACGCUCCCCCUCUCUCCAUCCACCCAUUCGAUCACUGUAACAGGGGGUCAUGAUACGGUGACAAAUGAGAAACUAUCGACAGAACAAGCAACAAGCGAGAGGCCAUCAACAAACAAGCAGAUUGACGUCGGAAAUCCAGUCGCCCCUUAUGUCAUGAAUCAAGAACCGAGAAAAAAGGAGGAGGCCAAAAAGAUGGAACCUGCAACAGGAGAGCUUGCAAAGAUAGCCAGGGCAUCUGAACCCCAACUAAUGAAUGAAAUGCAACCUCUAGUUGAAAAAAAUUCUGAAAACUCUGAUAUCCAAAUAUUAUUGCAAAGAGCUACUAAAGGGAACAUUAACGAAGGAUCAAAUUCUAUAAAAGAACUCGACACCGCUUCCAUGUCUUCCUCCAAUGAACAGAUAACUACUCCGUCUGCUUUGGUAACAAGUUUAGUAGAAGAAUUGCUGAAAACGCCUCACUCUAAAAAUGAAAACUCAAAACGUGUUGACAAAGGCACACAAACAAUGCUUUCUAUGGAGAAAGACGCUGGAAAAACUGUACAAGACAAAGAUAUGUUACCUGCAGUGAUAACUACAUCCGAAAAAGCAUCACCUGUUUCAAGCAGUACUACAGUUCAAGUUCCUAGCUCUUCAAACAAAGAUGGUAAGUCUGACGAUAAAACGGACAACUUGAACAAAAAAAUAAAAAACGGCACCGAUACACUGUCUGAAAAGCAAUCCAAAUUGUAUGAAAAAAUCAUCAAAAAGAUUACUAAAUCCAUAAAGGACAUCAUCAAGACAGCGAUUAGUGAAUCUGAUCCGACGACCAUGGUCGGUUCCGAGAAAGACGAUACCCAGAGGAACUUUGAUCACAUCAUACCUGACACUGUCAAUAAUGUUAAUCAAAUGGAUCAACAUCUCAAUUCCAAAUCAAACUUAGUGAAUAAUGAUGACACCAAUUCAGCUUCCUCUGCUCUUGUGAAACCAAUAAAUACGAUUAACGUUCACCCAACAGUAGAGGGACAGUCACUUCCGGAUUCUCAGACGGAUUCAGCUCAAGACGUUCCAUCUACGAUAGGUUCAAGUAAACAGUAACAGGCAAGAGCUGGGCUAAACGAGAAAUCCCAAUGAUACAAGUGUGAUGUCCCUUUCCGGAGAGUGUUGACUAAAGUGUUAAUAAAGACAGUGACAUAUGCUACUGCUUUUUUCGUCGCUUGUCAGUUUCGCGUAUUGUACAAUAUGUACAAAUACUGUUGUGCAUUUCACAUCCUGUUUAAUAAAUGCCCAGAUUUACUUAGUGUUUGAGAGAUUUAUAAGACCUAUGCUGUUUUAAACAGCGAGUUAUAUCUCUCUUAAGGGUUGGAGAAGUUGGCCGUGCUCCGUGGAAACUUGAGAAGGACGGAAGUCGAAGAACGUCGAUUGGAUCUUUGAAAUCACGAUGACGACUGUCGUCAUCCAUUAGAACUUUGACUUAAGAUGGUCGCGUUAUCUGUGAUAAGAUGUUUGGUUAAUAUAUUAAAUUUACGUGCCAAAGCCCCCAGAAGAAUGAUUACAUAUCUAGCUGGCCUAGAAGUCUUGUUGGAGUCAUUGUUGUUGUAGUUUGUAGUCUGUGUUAUUCUAACUAAUAAAACUAUUUAUUAUCUUAA